AUGACUAUUUUUAUAUUUUUAUACCAGCUCAUUUUUGUCGCCGCCCUCGUGGCCGCGGUUGUCGCCCAUCCUGAAGAUACUCCCGGGUAUGGGUACUCUGCCCCAGCAGCUUCGCCCGGCCAGUACGACUUUAAUUACGCUGUGAAGGACGACUAUUCCAGUAACGACUUCGGACACCAGGAAGACCGUGAUGGGUACGACACCCGUGGUUCCUACUACGUCCUCCUUCCCGACGGUCGUCUACAGAAGGUCACCUAUUCCGUCAACGGCGACUCUGGCUUCGUGGCUGAGGUCAGCUACGAAGGAGAGGCCCAGUACCCCGAAUACAAGCCUUCCUACAACCCAGCUCCUUCGUAUGCCUAAACGGACUUUCAGGUUAAUUUAUGAAUCUAUUUAUUUGGGACUCCUAACACGCUGUACUGUAAAUAAAUUAAAGGCUUAGAAU